AUGGCGUCAAUUGGCUCUGAUGGAGCUACGCUGACAGAUGCAGGCUCUCCGCGCUCCGCCUCGGCCAGAAGAGACCGUGACAUGACUAGCAGAUUACAGAAUGCAAGAAGUCUAACGAUCCAACUAUUAAAAGAAAUCACUGAUGAUUUCUCUAAGGAACGGAUAAUUGGUCAAGGCGCAUAUGGGAAGGUCUACGUGGCAAAGCUUGAAAAUGGAACAGACAUUGCUGUGAAGAUGCUUCAUAAUACCAUGCCAGGAGUUGAUGAUGAACGAUUCCUACGUGAAACAAUUUCUGCUGAGACAACAUACAGAGCGUUGUGCUCUGAAUAUAUGCAAAACGGAAGCCUUGAAAAGCAUCUUUCAGAUGAAUGCAAUGGACUUGAUUGGGACACACGUUACAAAAUUAUAAAGGGGACAUCUGAUGGUUUAAAAUACCUGCACAAAGGAUUUGAAGAACCAAUUUACCAUCUGGACCUAAAACCAGACAAUAUAUUGCUAGACAUGAACAUGGAACCUAAACUUGCAGAUUUUGGUUUGUCCAGACUGUUUGGUCAAACCAAGGUCACACAAACUCCUCUAGGAACGCCAGGCUACGUGCCAUGGGAAUUCAUACAUGGAAAAGUUAUCUCAUGCAAGUAUGACAUAUUUAGCUUGGGUGUGGUAAUCAUAAAGGUACAUGCAAAUUGGAGAAACCGGAUCCAGGAAACAUGUUAUGUUUCGCGACAACUUGAAGCAUACUGCAACCAAGUUAGCAUAUGCACGGAGAUAGCACUAACUUGCAUGGAGAAUGAUAGGCACAAAAGGCCAAGCAUAGUGGAUAUCGUCCAACGACUCAAUGGCACUGAAGCUGUAAUUAACAAGGCAUUGUCAUGGCCGGCAACAUGGCAUUCAAAUACGAAAGAUGAAUUGGUGAAGAUAGGAGCGUUCACAGGAAGUGAAGGGAUUCGGGAUGCCGAUACGAGGAGCGAUUUCCCAGUCCUGGUGCAGGUCACAGCGCCUCCCUGGCGCCGCAUGGAGGAGAUGCCGCUCCCUGGAGUUGACAUUGUAGUUGUGUUCGACCGAAAGUCGGUGAUUUACUCUUACCGUGCAGCCAUUAGGAUCGUCAUCGAUAACCUCAGCUCAAACGACCGGGUCUCCUUCGUGUGGGCCGGAACCCAUGCGAACCGCCUAAUGGAGCUCACCUUCAUGACCCCCAAACGCCGGGCUGAUGCCCUGGCCCUGCUAGAGGUGGUUGUUGAGUAUGUCGAAAACAGGACUGAUAUGGCCGCCGGUCUGCGAGAGGGAGCCGAGAUCCUGAGGGGGCGUGAAGAGGAGGAAAGCAAAAGCCGCGUAGGCUGUAUUGUUUUACUGUCGGACAUGAAGGAAGUACAGGAUCCCUCAAAAGAAAAAAGAACGAGCCCUGCACAGGAAAUCAGCACCGAAUUCCCGGUGCAUGCCUUUGGUCUUGCAAAUGGACAUGACCCGGAGGUCAUGAAGUACAUCGCUGACACGACUUCUGGCACCUACUCCUUCUGCAAAGAAAGUGGUCUACGUGACGCCAUGAAGCUAUUCAUGGCAGGAAUCACCAAGGUUGCCGCGACCUCCAUCAAGAUCACCCUUACGGCUCACGAGGGCAUUGCCAUAUCAUCCAUUGAGUCUGGCAGCUAUGGCAAUAACGUGAGCUUAAACAAACUCUCCGGGGAGAUAGACAUCCGCGACAUCUACGCCGGCGAGCAUAAGAACUUCAUUGUCUUCCUGGCAGUCACGGAGGGAAAGACCAAGCUUGUGACCAUCGGUGGCCGGUACCAGUGCCUCAACGUGAUGAGCAAGCAGCUUCCUAACAUGGACGUUUCCGUCCUGCGACCACCCUUGGGGUGCCCGCCAGCAAAGCUGGCCAUGCACCAUGGCGUGGCGGCGGAGCUGGCACGGAUCCGACUACUCAAGGGUUUAACGCAAUUGGUCGAGCUAGGCAGGCGCCUGAUGUUUGUGCAGAUGGUACACAUAUGGGACCAUGUAAGGUUAUCCAAAGAUGGUCACAGUGCACCUGAGGAGACUUUGUCGCGCCUCGGCAGGUACGUGGAUCAAAUGAAGAGCUUCACGCACAAUCAGAACGAGAACCCCAAGCAGGUGCCUUACCUCAUGUCAUGGCUGAGUUGCCAUCAGUGGCAGCGUGCAACCACCAAAGGCCAAUACUAUGACUCCCGUGCUUUCGCCCUAGCAAAGCCUUGA